GUUGCGUCAUUGCUGGUUCUGUCGCCGUGGGCUCCGUACGUUGAAUUUUUAUAGACUUUGCCGGUUGAUUUGAAAGAUGUCUGGCCGUGGCAAAGGUGGCAAGGGGCUCGGAAAAGGAGGCGCCAAGCGUCAUCGCAAGGUGCUCCGAGACAACAUCCAGGGGAUCACAAAGCCCGCCAUUCGUCGUCUGGCUCGCCGUGGUGGCGUCAAGCGUAUCUCGGGUCUGAUCUACGAGGAGACCCGAGGCGUGCUCAAAGUCUUCCUGGAGAACGUGAUCCGCGACGCCGUCACCUACACGGAACACGCCAAGAGAAAAACGGUCACCGCCAUGGACGUCGUCUACGCGCUGAAGAGACAAGGACGUACCCUGUACGGGUUCGGCGGCUAGCAGUCUUCGGGCCUGGCACACAACACUCCCUCCCAGAACACCCCUACGAGAAAAAAAACGGCCCUUCUAAGCGCCACUCAUGUUGUAUUGCACACCUUCAUCGUCCAGUGGUCCAGUGUUGUCGUGUUUCCCUGCGUGACUUCAUAGCAUUGUGCACAUCUCAAGAUGGCGGCCACCAAACAAACUGUUUCAUUCGGUGCAGUACGGUUUUGAGCUGUUGUAUGUGUUUUGCUUCGCCCGUGAAUCGUCAAUAAAAGAUUUUUACACUCCUACA